AUGGCACAAACUGGUACGUGGUGUGCCGAUGGUCGAGAUCGUACAGAAUCGAUGGGAAUUAACGAGAUAACAGAGGCAGAAACUCUGCGUUCAUCUGAACCGAAGCCUGUAUCAUUAUUGUUCAAUCGGUUCAUGGCGAGACCGGGUGAAAUUCCGUUCUGCUCUGCUCGCACUACCCAAACGACUAUGAUUGCACCCGGUCCAAAGCUUGCAUAA